AACAAAAGCCUAUUCUUACAACAUGUGACUACUCUUUCCGGUUUUGUUGAGCGAAUCACUAACAGGAGUUAAUAGCAGUUUCAAUAACAAGUCAUCACUGAGAAAAGGAUUACACUGUAAUAUGCAGUCAUCCACAAAUUGUGAUACCUCUUUGGAAACACUGAAUUCCACCCACCCAGCCACAGGAGCUGUGCAAAUGAGAAUCAGAAACAACAACAGCCACCAGGACAGGCUGAGCCAAACUAAAUCUAUGAUCUUAACUGAUGUUGGGAAGGUCACUGAACCUAUUUCCCGGCACAGAAGGAAUCAUUCACAGCACGUUUUGAAAGAUGUUAUCCCUCCGCUGGAACAACUGAUGGUUGUAAAAGAAGGUUAUCUUCAAAAAGCUAAAAUUGCAGAUGGAGGAAAGAAGCUAAGGAAAAAUUGGUCCACUUCCUGGAUUGUUCUUUCGAGUCAAAAAAUUGAAUUUUAUAAAGAAUCCAAGCAGCAAGCUCCAUCUAAUAUGAAAACUGGGCACAAACCAGAAGGUGUGGAUUUGUGUGGUGCACAUAUUGAAUGGACCAAGGAAAAAUCAAGCAGAAAGAAUGUCUUUCAGAUCACAACAGUAUCAGGAAAUGAGUUCCUCCUACAGUCAGAUAUUGAUUUCAUCAUAUUGGAAUGGUUCCAUGCUAUCAAAAAUGCAAUUGACAGAUUGCCCAAGCGUCCAAGUGGCCCUUCAAGAAACCUGGAAUUAUUCAAACUCCAGAGAUCGAACAGUACUGAAUUGCUAAGUCAUUGUAACAGUGAUCUGAAAGAACAGAAACCAGAACACAGAAAAUCUUUAAUGUUUCGCCUGCAACACAGUGCUUCUGAUACCAGUGACAAAAACCGAGUCAAAAGUAGAUUGAAGAAGUUUAUUACUCGAAGACCUUCUCUGAAAACUCUGCAAGAAAAGGGCCUUAUUAAAGAUCAGAUUUUUGGCUCUCAUCUGCACACAGUGUGUGAACGAGAAAAUUCCACAGUUCCGUGGUUUGUAAAGCAAUGCAUUGAAGCUGUGGAAAAAAGAGGUCUGGAUGUUGAUGGAAUAUAUCGAGUUAGUGGCAAUCUGGCAACAAUACAGAAGUUAAGAUUUAUUGUCAACCAGGAAGAGAAGCUGAAUUUGGACGACAGCCAGUGGGAGGACAUCCACGUUGUCACCGGAGCACUGAAGAUGUUUUUCCGGGAGCUGCCUGAGCCGCUCUUCCCUUACAGUUUCUUUGAGCGGUUUGUGGAGGCGAUCAAAAAACAAGACUACAGCAAAAGGAUUGAAACUAUAAAGUCUCUGGUACAAAAACUCCCUCAACCAAAUCAUGACACCAUGAAAGUCCUCUUUGGACAUCUAACUAAGAUAGUGGCCAAAGCGUCCAAGAACCUAAUGUCCACGCAAAGUUUAGGGAUUGUAUUCGGACCCACCCUUCUGCGAGCUGAAAAUGAGACAGGAAACAUGGCAAUACACAUGGUAUACCAAAACCACAUAGCAGAGCUCAUGCUGAGUGAGUACAAUAAGAUCUUUGGCUCAGAGGAAGAUUGAAAGACAAGUUACUGAACAUGUUCACAUCUGUCUUGAUGCCUAAUAUUUUUACAUUUCUGUAAACAUAUUUCUGAAAUAUUU